UUUAUAGGUUAUUACGACUUCUUAGAUUGGCAGUACUGUCGGAAACUAUUCUGAAGAUUUCUGUAUCAUCCUUAGAAAAGGAAAGGAGGUUGACGGCUGUUUAUGAUAAGUUUUUUUUUAUAUUGAGAAGAAAUUCAUAUAUUGUGUUCGUGCAUGGGAAAAACAAAAUUUCAUUUUGCCAUUAUCUAUAUAGAUAGAUUUGUAAUAUCCUAGAAAUAAUGUCUUAUAAAAAUUGAAUCAUCGUCAUUUUAGUAUUGACCGCACCCCGCUGACGUUUUUCCUUAAAUUGUACGGAUAUAUUGUAUUAUAUUAUAUUUAUUACUUAUAUCAACUUAUAUAUAGAUAAAUAUAUAUAUAUAUACAUAUAUAGUAUUAGAAAAAAAUGACAGUGGUGCAUAAUCUGGGUGUUGAUGUUAUAAGUUAUCAUGCUUGGAACAAAGACAGAACAGAAGUAGCAGUAUGUCCAAAUAAUAAUGAAAUUCAAAUUUACAAGCAUUCCUCUUCGGGAUGGAAAUUACUUGAUACAUUACAAGAACACGAUAUGCAUAUUAUGGGCGUAGAUUGGGCACCUCGUACUAAUCGUAUUGUUACCUGUUCAGCAGAUAAAAAUGCAUACGUUUGGACACAAGGAAAAGAUGGAAAGUGGAAUCCUGCAUGGGUUUUAUUAAGAAUAAAUCGGGCUGCCACGUGUGUAAAGUGGUCUCCUUUAGAAAAUAAAUUUGCUGUUGGUUCUGGAGGCAGGGUAAUAGCAGUUUGUUACUUUGUAUCAGAAAAUAAUUGGUGGCUUUGUAAACACAUAAAGCGUCCUUUAAGAUCAACGGUAACAACAGUUGAUUGGCAUCCAGAUAAUAAAGUUUUGGUUGCUGGAUCAACAGAUUAUAAAGUUCGAGUAUUCAGUGCUUUUAUUAGUGAUAUGGAAGAUGCACCAGGAACGUGUGCUUGGGGAACAAGUAAUACAUUGGGCACAUUACUUGCUGAAUUCCCUAAUACAAAUAAUGGAGGUGGUUGGAUACAUUCGGUUGCAUUUAGCCAAUGUGGCAAUAAAAUUUGCUGGGUAGCACAUAAUUCGUCUAUAUGCGUCGCAGACGCUACAAGGGGCAAUGUAGUUUAUAGGCUUUAUACCGAACAUUUACCAUUUUUAAGCUGCAUUUGGGUGGGUCCCAAUUCCAUUGUGGCCACGGGACACAGUUGUAUGCCCAUGUUAUAUUCUGUGGAUGACAAUGGACAGAUUUACUUUGUAUCAAAAUUAGAUAACAUGCAAAAAAAAGAAACCGCUGGAUUGUCUGCCAUGAGAAAAUUCCAAUCCUUAGAUCGUCAAGCACGAAAUGAUUCCAAUGACAAUGCAUUAGAUAGCAUUCAUCAAAAUACAAUUAACUGUGUUCGUCAAGUAUCGGAUAAUGAAUUUAGUACAAGUAGCCUAGAUGGCCAAUUGGUCAUUUGGGAUUUGAAGUCUUUGGAAAAUUCCAUUGCUGGACUGAAGAUAGUUUAAGGAAUACUUUUUUUUACAAAACCAAGAUUAAAGGUAUAUGAAAUUGAAGAGUGUAUAAUAUUGAAAUAAAUCGUACAUUAAUCCUGCUAA